CAGAGGUGCAUCUGUGUUUCCCCAGGACCCCACUUCAGGGGGCCCUCUCCCCCUGGGCCUGCAGGCUGGCUGAGCUGGUGGCACUUGGGGGCUCACUCCGGGACUCAGCUGAGCUUCCAAGGGCAGAGGGCCCUGGGGCGUCCAGGCCUGGGCUGCUGGGAAACCCACCACCUCCUCAGCCUGGACUUGGGGGGCCGGGGGCAGAGUGAGGACAGCUGGGGUCCCGGGUCCCCUCACACAGGCCUGUGGGGAAAUGAAACUGUCUCGCCGCCCAUCUGAAAACCGGAGUGCCUGACAAGAGCUUGGAGUUUCUGCCUCCGCCAUGAGCCAGGUGACGGCGACGCGGUCAGUAGCAUGUACGAGCCGGACCCGGACCUGCUGGCGGGCGAGAGCGCGGAGGACGAGACCGAAGACAGCGUCAUGUCGCCCAUCCCCAUGGGGCCGCCCUCCCCCUUGCCCACCAGCGAGGACUUCACCCCCAAGGAGGGCUCGCCCUACGAGGCGCCUGUCUACAUCCCCGAGGACGUCCCCGUGCCGCCCGGCUUCGAGCUCCGCGAGUCCUCCGUCCCGGGGGCCGGCCUGGGCAUCUGGGCCAAGAAGAGGAUGGAGGUCGGGGAGCGCUUCGGGCCCUACAUGGGGGCGCCGCGGGCCACGCUGAAGGAGGCCGACUUCGGAUGGGAGCAGAUGCUGACGGAGGAGGUGUCGCCGCAGGACAGCUGCGUCCAAAAGAUCUCCGAGGACCUGGGCGGCGAGAAGUUCUGCGUGGAUGCCGGGCAGGCCGGGGCCGGCAGCUGGCUCAAGUACAUCCGGGUGGCGUGCUCCUGCGAUGACCAGAACCUCACCAUGUGUCAGAUCAAUGAGCAGAUCUACUACAAAGUCAUCAAGGACAUCGGGCCCGGAGAAGAGCUGCUGGUGCACGUGAAGGAGGGCGCCUGCUCCCUGGGGGCCGUGCCCCCCAGCCUGGACGAGGAGCCCACGUUCCGCUGUGACGUGUGUGACGAGCUCUUCCCGUCCAAGCUGGACCUGCGGCGGCACAAGAAGUAUGCGUGCGGCCCGGUGGGGGCCACGCUGUACGUGGGCCUGGCCGAGGAGCUCAAGCCCCAGGGCCUGGGCGGCGGGGGCGGCGACGGGCGGGCCCUGGAGUGCAAGGACUGCGAGCGGACCUUCCCGGACAAGUACAGCCUGGAGCAGCACAUGGUGGUGCACACGGAGGAGCGCGAGUACAAGUGCGACCAGUGCCCCAAGGCCUUCAACUGGAAGUCCAACCUCAUCCGCCACCAGAUGUCCCACGACAGCGGCAAGCGCUUCGAGUGUGAAAACUGCGUGAAGGUGUUCACGGACCCCAGCAACCUGCAGCGGCACAUCCGCUCCCAGCACGUGGGCGCGCGGGCGCACGCCUGCCCGGACUGCGGGAAGACCUUCGCCACGUCCUCGGGCCUCAAGCAGCACAAGCACAUCCACAGCACGGUCAAGCCCUUCAUAUGUGAGGUCUGCCACAAGUCCUACACGCAGUUCUCCAACCUGUGCCGCCACAAGCGGAUGCACGCGGACUGCCGCACGCAGAUCAAGUGCAAGGACUGCGGGCAGAUGUUCAGCACUACCUCCUCCCUCAACAAGCACCGGCGCUUCUGCGAGGGCAAGAACCAUUACACGCCGGGCGGCGUCUUCUCCCCGGGCCUGCCCUUGGCCCCCGGCCCCCUGCUGGACAAGGCGAAGCCGCCGCCCGGCCUCAACCACGCCGGCCUGGGCUUCGGCGAGUACUUCCCCUCCCGGCCGCACCCGGGCGGCCUGCCCUUCUCCGCGGCGCCGCCGGCCUUCCCCGCGCUCACGCCCGGCUUCCCCGGCAUCCUCCCGCCGUCCCUGUACCCCCGGCCGCCUCUGCUACCUCCCACGCCGUUGCUCAAGAGCCCCCUGAACCACACCCAGGACGCCAAGCUGCCCAGCCCCCUGGGGAACCCGGCCCUGCCCCUGGUCUCGGCCAUGGGCAGCGGCGGCGGGCAGGGCGCGGCGGCCGCCCCGGGGCCGGAGGACAAGUUCGAGGGCCGCCUGGAGGACGCGUACCCCGAGAAGCUGGCGUCCCGGGGCAGCGACCUGUCGGACGGCAGUGACUUCGAGGACGUCAACACCACGACCGGGACGGACCUGGACUCGACCUCGGGCUCGGGCUCCGACCUAGACAGUGAAGUGGAGAGCGAGCACGACAAGGCCAAGGCCAAGAGCAAGGCGGCCGGGGGCAAGCCACACGGCGGGGGCGGGGCGGCGCCCCCGGGGGCCCCCAACAGCGUGGGCGAGGUGCCCGUCUUCUACGCCCAGCACUCCUUCUUCCCGCCCCCCGACGAGCAGCUGCUGGCCGCGUCCGGCGCUGCGGGCGACUCCAUCAAGGCCAUCGCCUCCAUCGCGGAGAAGUACUUCGGGCCAGGCCUCGUGGGCGUGCCGGAGAAGCGGCUGGGCGCGCUGCCGUACCCCUCCGUGUUCCCGUUCCAGUUCCUGCCCGACUUCCCCCACGCCCUCUACCCCCUGGCGGACCGCACCCUCGCCCACAGCCUGCUGGUCAAGGCCGAGCCAAAGUCACCCCGGGACGCCCUCAAGGGGGGCGGCCCCAGCGCCGAGUCCCCCUUCGACCUCACCACCAAACCCAAAGAGGCCAAGCCCCUCCUGCCGGCGCCCACGGCGGCCCUGGUGCCGGGCGAGGAGCAGCCGCUGGACCUCAGCAUCGGCAGCCGCGUCCGCGCCAGCCAGAGCGGCGGGGGCGGCGGGCGCGAGCCCCGCAAGAACCACGUGUACGGGGAGCGCAAGCCGGGGGCCGGCGAGGGGCUGCCCAGGGCCUGCCCCGCGCAGCUGCCGCAGCAGCCGCCCCUGCACUACGCCAAGCCGUCGCCCUUCUUCAUGGACCCCAUCUACAGCAGGGUGGAGAAGCGGAAGGUGCCGGACCCCGUGGGCGUCCUGAAGGAGAAGUUCCUGCGGCCGCCCCCUCUGCUCUUCCACCCCCAGAUGUCAGCCAUCGAGACGAUGACGGAGAAGCUGGAGAGCUUCGCGGCCCUGAAGGCGGACUCCGGCGGCGCCCUGCAGCCCCUCCCCCACCACCCCUUCAACUUCCGGUCCCCGCCCCCGACGCUGUCGGACCCCAUCCUCAGGAAGGGCAAGGAGCGGUACACGUGCAGGUACUGCGGGAAGAUCUUCCCCCGGUCCGCAAACCUCACGAGACACCUGAGGACGCACACCGGCGAGCAGCCGUACAGGUGUAAGUACUGCGACCGGUCCUUCAGCAUCUCGUCCAACCUGCAGCGGCACGUCCGCAACAUCCACAACAAGGAGAAGCCCUUCAAGUGCCACCUGUGCAGCCGCUGCUUCGGGCAGCAGACCAACCUGGACCGGCACCUCAAGAAGCACGAGCACGAGCACGCACCAGUGAGCCAGCACUCCGGGGUCCUCGGCAACCACCUGGGGACCAGCGCCUCCUCCCCCACCUCCGAGUCGGACACCCACGCACUUUUAGACGAGAAGGAAGACUCCUAUUUCUCCGAAAUCAGAAACUUUAUUGCCAACAGCGAGAUGAACCAAGCGUCGGCUCGGACAGACAAAAGGCCAGAAGCCCAGGAGCUGGACGGUGCCCCACCAUGUCCGGGCCUAGCCAGCGGGAAGCCGGAGGAGGGGGAGGAGGAGGAGGAGGAGGAGCUGGAGGAGGAGGACGACGACAGCCUGGCCGGGAAGUCCCAAGAGGACAACGUGUCCCCCACGCCCGAGCCCCAGGGCGCCUACGAGGACGAGGAGGACGAGGAGCCACCCACCUCCCUGGCCGUGGGCUUCGACCACGCCCGAAGGUGUGUUGAGCGGCAGCGAGCGGGCGGUCCGCUCGCUCUGGAGCCGGCGCCGACCUUUGGGAAGGGGCUGGACCUGCGCAGAGCCGCCGAGGAGGCGUUUGAAGUUAAAGAUGUCCUUAAUUCCGCCUUAGACUCUGAGGCCCUAAAACAGACCCUGUACAGGCAGGCUAAGAACCAGGCGUACACAAUGAUGCUGUCCCUUUCGGAGGACACGCCUCUGCACACCGCCGCCCAGAGCCCCCUGGACGCUUGGCUGAACAUCGCGGGACCCGCCCCCGAGCCCGGAGCCUUCAACCCCAUCAACCACCUCUGACCGGCCCGGGGGCCGGGGCCAGAGCCCGCGCCAGGAGCCCGGCGCCCCGACAGAACCCUCAGCCGCGGACGGUGGGGGCCAGGACUCGGGGACCAGCACGGCCUGGGGCCGGGGAGCCCCCUCCUCGCCUGCGUUCGACCACUCCUCUCUGUGUGUCCCCCCACCCUGGUUUAACUCAACUCUUCUAGCGAAAACCCGGAGACCGGAAGCCCCUGACGCGGUUGUCUAGGUCACGCCUCUGAGAGUCAGUCUCCAGAAGGACACCGCGCCUGGCAGGGACGGCCUGGCGGCAUGGAGCCCAGGGGCACGGGCGGGGUUCUCACCCCAAACUGAAGCGGGGUCCCUUCCGGGCACGGGAGCCCACGGCCACGGUCCGGAGAGGGAGCCGGCCCGGACGAUUUUUCUAGUGAGAAUCACGCGAGUGACGCUUUUGGUCCUCCUGUUGACGCCAGAGUCUAUUUAAGCAUGUGGUUUUAAAAACAGACAGCAUUUUUUUAAAAAAAAGAAAAAGAAAGGAAAAAAGAAAUCGCAAAAGGAUUUGCCAAUUGUUUUUUAAAAGUCGUUUUUGCAUCGCUUUGGCAUCUGUGCAAACCCAGACGCCCCCCCCGGGGGCCCCCCCCCGGCUCUGUGCUGGGCGCGGCCUGGAUCCUGCGGACCGUGGGGGGGGUGCCCCCGACCCCGUGUGUGAAGCCACGGUGGCUCCAGCGGGCCCCCACCAGCCCGCGGCGUGGGGCCACUGCCGGGAGCCGUUUCUGACUGCACCGAGGAUUCUGAGAGGUGGCGGCAGCGGCAGCGGCGGUGGGAGCUGGCCGGAGGCCAGGACCGGGAGAUGUGCCUGACCUUCCGUGACACUCCUGCGCCCGUGGCCCCCGAGCAGCCCCUCCCUAGACCUCCCAAUUCUCUGGGCAGGUCGGAGAGGUGGGCCGGGCCGCUCAGGUUCCUCCCGGGUCUGUCUCUGGCCGCCCCGGGCCAGCACCCACCCCCACCCGCCCCGCCACUGCUGCUGCUCAGAAAGCAGAGCUGGCCGCCGCCGGCCACACCCUGCUCCGCUGCCCCCGCCUCACCCUCCCCGUCAGACGAGCCAGGGGAGGCGGCGGGCGCCCCCCACUCCCCGCGCAGACCGCCGAGCGCCCCGAGCACCCGAGCCCUGGGACCCCGGACACGGCUGCCGCCCCCGCCCUCCGCGCGGGCUCUGGGCGGAUGGGACCCGGCUCAGCACCGAAGGGCGUCCGGACGGGACCUGGACGCCUGGACGCCCGCUGCAGAGCCCGAGGACAGCACAGCCCCGCGGGGCCGGCGUGCCCCUCCCCGGGGGCCGGCCCGCUUCUCCACUCCCGGGCUUUAAAUUAUUCCCGUAGGGGCCAACCUCCCAUAAUAAUUGUUUUCCCUGAUGGAAUUGACCUUAAUCUGUAUAUAACUUGUAAUUUUUUCUAAUUCCUUUCUUUUCUUAUUUUAUUUCUUCCUUAACAGUAUUUUUGGCAUUAGACAUUCUUAUUGUGAAGAAAUAAUGUUAAUAUAAGUACCCCGUGAAGGACCAAAACCGUGUAAUAACCGUCUGUGUGUUGUGUGCCCGAGACCCAGGGAGUGGGACGGUUCCCAAUGUGCCAAAUACC